GCUCCUCCCCCGGCUCGGGGCAGCCCACGUGGCCCGGCUAAGAUGGCGUCUCCCUUGGCAGCCCAGGCUGGGACCGCGCUGCGGGGGCUGGCCCGCCGCUCCGCCCUGCUGAGGGGCAGUUUCCCGGCUGUUCAAUUAACCCCGAAACGAUGGCUGAACCUGCAGGAAUACCAGAGUAAAAAACUGAUGGCAGACCAUGGGGUUACAGUUCAGAGAUUCUUCGUGGCUGACUCUGCAAAUGAUGCCCUGGAGGCUGCUAAGAGACUAAAGGCAACAGAAAUCGUUCUAAAGGCUCAAAUCCUAGCUGGAGGGAGAGGAAAAGGUGUUUUCAAUAGUGGAUUGAAAGGAGGGGUCCAUCUAACUAAAGACCCGAAGGUUGUUGGGCAGCUUGCUGAACAGAUGAUUGGGUACAAUCUUGCAACAAAACAAACUCCAAAGGAUGGCGUUAAAGUUAAGAAAGUGAUGGUUGCAGAAGCAUUGGAUAUUUCGAGGGAAACCUACUUUGCAAUUUUGAUGGACAGAGCUUGCAAUGGACCUGUUAUGGUUGGCAGCCCACAGGGGGGUGUUGACAUAGAAGAAGUGGCGGCUUCUAGCCCGGAACUUAUCUUUAAGGAGGAAAUAGAUAUUUUUGAAGGUGUAAAGGACAACCAAGCAUUGCAGAUGGCAAAAAAUUUAGGAUUCAAAGGACCUUUGCAACAGCAGGCAGCAGAUCAAAUUAAGAAGCUGUACAACCUUUUCCUGAAAAUUGAUGCUACUCAGGUUGAAGUGAAUCCAUUUGGUGAAACUCCAGAAGGACAAGUUGUUUGCUUUGAUGCCAAGAUAAACUUUGACGACAAUGCCGAGUUUAGGCAAAAAGAGAUAUUUGCCAUGGAUGACAAGUCUGAGAAUGAGCCUAUGGAAAAUGAAGCUGCCAAAUAUGACUUAAAGUACAUAGGACUGGAUGGGAACAUUGCUUGCUUUGUGAAUGGAGCUGGUCUUGCUAUGGCAACCUGUGAUAUCAUUUCCCUUAAUGGUGGAAAGCCAGCCAACUUCCUGGAUCUUGGUGGAGGUGUGAAGGAAGCACAAGUCUAUCAGGCAUUCAAAUUGCUCACUGCUGAUCCUAAGGUUGAAGCAAUACUGGUCAACAUUUUUGGUGGUAUUGUGAACUGCGCCAUUAUAGCAAAUGGCAUUACCAAAGCCUGUCGAGAGCUUGAACUGAAGGUGCCUCUGGUUGUCAGACUUGAAGGAACGAAUGUUCAUGAGGCCCAGCGCAUUCUGAAUGAAAGCGGGUUACCAAUCACCUCUGCAAGGGACCUUGAGGAUGCAGCAAAGAAAGCAGUGGCUAGUGUGGAAAACAAAUGACUCCUUGAAGAUAUUUGCCUGCAGAGGGUCUGUGAUUCACAAAAGUGACAUUCACAUUCUUGUUGCAGAGAGAAUUAUUAGGGUUCGUUAAAGCAGUCAUCAGUAUUGCUGAACUUACCUAUCUGACAUAUGCAGAGGGUACCAAAAUUAGUGAAUCCUCAAUCUGCAUAUUUCUGGAUUGAGAAAUACGUUAAUUAACAUUUAAUUCCACAAAGUUCCUGGGGUUUUUCCAAAAUAAUGUAGUUGAUGGGUUUGUGAAUGAGGUAUAGUCAGUAACUUACUGAUUCCUGUCAAUAGGGUUGUUCCCUAAUCCAACAAAUACUGUUUGCACAUUUUUUUGGAAAAACAUUUUAGUUCAUUUUUCAUGUCCUAAAGAGUCAGCAGGCAAAAGUAAAUCCUAAUAAUUGAUGUAUUUUUAUGAAUUUUUACAAUAACAAUCAAAAAAAUCUGCUUACAAUAAAUAUAUUUUUCCAGAUGUAUAGGAUUUGUUUUCUUCCUUAGAUAAUUUGUGGUGUAUCACACUCCAUGCCUUAACAUAUCAUCUUUGUAUUCAAAUAUAAAAAGUAUACCUCACAUUGGGAAGAAAAAUUGAAUAUAUUAUUUGUGGUAGUGAAAGGACCUUCCAUUCUUAUACUGUACCAGUAAACAGAUGAAAUGUGAUUCAGUUGAUUGUGCUGCCCAUUGGAGAUGAAAUUAAGUAUAGUCCUUCCAAAUGUAACAGUGACCUACGGUAUCUAUGGGUGUAUGUAUGCAGUUAAUCUAAUGGCUGCCAGCUUUUCAAAAUAAACUCUUUAAGUAAUAGGAGGUAUUGCAGUUCUGAAUAUUCAGUAUAAUGUAUGAAUCAAUAGCAGCACUAUGUGAGUAAUAAGAAAAAAAAAUUCUCAAAAUAGUCAUUUUAUUUCCAAAAAAGAAUUUUGAUUUGCUGUUUAAAAAAAAAAGAAAAAGAAAAGAAAAAAAAACUUUUCUUGUUCAGUUUUCACAAACAUUUGAAUGCUCAAGCUUUAGUAAUGCAAAUACUUUAGAUAAGCAAAUUCUAAGUUGCAGUACUUGAAUAUCCACUAAAAAUCCUAUUUUGAUUGUGUAGUCAUUUGUACUGUUAUAAUAAUUCAAGCUGUUGAUUAUUUACACAAAUCAUUCAAUCAGGGAACAGAAGACACUAUCAUGUGGCUUGAGUAACUAACCAAUGCAGUACACAUUGCAGACCACAAACUGUUUGCUGAAAUUUGUGAAUAAUUUUGAGUAAUGUACCAAUGAGAGCAUGUCAUGAUCUGUUUCUGAACAAUUUGUAAAUGGGGGAAAAGGUAAAAUUUGUCUAAUAAAUUAUUCAUUGUGAAUUAUUUGCUCCGCUCUAAUCAACACUCUGCUUUAUUUGGGGAAAGAAAUACUUUGUCAUUUAAAUUUGUGUUGACAUUUCCAUGACAACAUUUAUAUUCAGAAAUGAUUUUUUUUAUUAAUCUAUGUAGAUCUACAAGUAUAGCUAGAUUCUGCAAUUACCUAAUUCCUCUUCCUUCAGCCUGUUGCCCAAGGAAAUAAAUAUAUCAUCAUUAGAAUAGUGAUAGACAUACUAGUGUGAGUUACUGUCCAUAUAAGAAAAUUACUAAUUCAAUUAAAGAUAAUAAGUAUUUGAUUCAUUUAAUGAGGAUCUGGUAAAUGAUUGUACGGUGGGCUACUUAAAAAAAAAAAAAAAGAAAAAAACACUUACCAUAAACAUCUCAGUAUGAUGACAUAUUCUAAGUACAGGAAAAUAAAAACAUUUUUGUGUCAGUCAGUAAAGUGGUAAGGUAAAUAUUUCCUUGUUAAGGUCCCAUACAGUGUCUAGCUUUCUUAUGGUAUCCAACAUAUACAAUAGAUAUGUUUACUCAGGUUAAGCUGCAUGUAGAUCUGAGAGAAGUCAGUAUUUGUUUGGACCUGUGCUAAUAAUCCAAAUUUUCAUAUUACUUAUAGCUUUUUUAAAUAAUAUUAAAUAAUUAGUGAUUUUGAAAGUUUUGUGGUAGUUGGAAUUUACUGUUUUUUGCUACCAGUGCUGUUUGAAGCAGUGCAGAUUUCCCUAGGAGUUUGUGUUUAAACUUUCUACUAAAUUUUUUUAAAUAUACAGAGCUGGUAAUUAAAUUUAGCAACCCAUGAAAAGGAGUUCAGGUUUUUGAGGGAAGUAAUUUUACUUAAUAUGGCUGACUCAACUUCCAGUGGUAAAUAUGAUUGUAAAUAGAUUCAGUUUUUCGUUUUAAAAUUCAUCUUAAUGUUCAUGGAGCUGCCUACUUUCCCAGAACAUGUGAAUAAAUGCUCCUCUCUGUUCUUUAUGGCCUCACUAAAGUCCAUGGAAAAACUCCUAUUGACUUCAACAGGAUAAAAUCUUGAUCCUGUAUUUCUCACCCAGGCCUUAAACAGUGAAUUUCAGUUUCUUGCAUUUAGUGGGGAAAAUAGUACUUGAAAUUUAAAACGAUCUUUUUAUACUGGUCACAGAAGUCUUUUCUUGCCUUACCAUGAGCGUCUUCUCUACUUUGAUCCAGUAAUUUGCAACAGUCACUGAAAUGUAUCUAUAAGAAAUGAGUGAAAGAUGCACACUUACCUUUUUUGGUUCUAAAUUCAUAAAGAAUAUAACAUUUGGCACAUUGGUAUGAAUUUUUUUUACAUGUUUUCAUGUGCACCAAAUAUUUAGCCAAAUAAAUGCAAAAGUCAACCCAA